AUGUUGGUUACUUGGCAAGAAAGAAGAAUUAGAGUUGAUAGCAUCGACAAGGCGCAAGAACUGUACAAGCAAUUUGUGGGAUCAGAAGAAGAAACUAGUAGCAAGGAAGAGCUCAAUAGCAGAAGCCAAGAAGAGAAGCAACAGGAGAUACAGGAAGGGGAACAAGAAGAAAAAAGCCUUCCAGGCUUUUCAGCUUUCAGUCUCAUCGAUUUUGAGGCUCCUGUGAUUUUCCGUGGGGAGGAAGCUGACCAGUUUGGCUAUCGCGUCGUCCAGACAAAAUUCGAUGGGAAUUCCUGGCUGGUAGUGAGCGCUCCCUUCGCAGGCAAUCGGACAGGUUCCCUUUUCCAAUGCUCAUACGAUUCACAGAGGUGUCAACCAAUUGUCUUCAACAAUGCCAAGGUCAUUCCUAGAAUAUCUUUGGGUCUUUCGUUGGCUGCUGAUGAAGCAUCUGAAUCCAAAAUAAUGGCCUGUGGUCCCACUUGGGAACGAAGAUGUGGGCAACUUGAUUAUCUGAACGGCGUGUGUUAUAUUAUGAAUGGCAUCGAUGGAAAUGUGAAGGAGAUCCAGCCAGCUUUCCAAGAGUGCGUCUUUGGUGUGGAUGCUGUGAUUUUAUACGAUGAUUCUGGGAGCAUUGAAGACUCUGACCUCCACACCAUGAAGAACUUCUUCCUGAAACUGAUGGACUCGGUGGCUGGGGCAGAUGUGCAGUUUGCUGUGGUUCAGUACUCCUCUAUAAACACACUUGUUUUUGAUUUUGCGACCUAUAACAACACGAGAGAGAAGAUUAAAGAUCUUAUUCACAACUUAGGACGUUUCAAAGGAAAAACCUUCACUCCGUCUGCUAUUGUCUAUGUGGUAGAAAAGGUCUUCACAGCAAAUCGUGGCAUGCGUCCUCACAGCAAGAAACUGCUCAUUGUUCUGACGGAUGGCAUCUCCAAUGACAGAAGGACUACAUUUAAAGAGGCAACAGAAGCUGCCAACAAAAAAGGGAUAAUCCGCUAUGCCAUUGGGGUUGGUCAGAAUUUCUUGACAGCUCAGGAUGAACUCCGCAGAAUUGCUUCAUCAAAUGAAAAUGUUUUCCCCGUGGAAAGUUUUGGCGCCCUUGAACAGCUUCAGAGACAGCUGAAGGAUAAGAUCUUUAAUAUUGAAGGAGUCUCUAAACCAUCGCCUGAUGCUUCAGCCAGCAGUUUUUUUGAGAAAGAAUUUUCCCAAGGUGGAUUCAGCUCCCUUCUUACACCAGAACAUGCGGUGACUGGAGUCGUCGGUGCUUAUAGCUGGACUGGAGGCUUAGAAGAAACAUCCUUUGAAGAACCUCCCCAGACCCAAUUCCUGAACAGCAGCAUCAGUGAGUCCUAUAUAGGUUACUCUGUGGCUUUAGCUCGCUUUCACCAAAGGACCUUCUACAUCACUGGAGCUCCUCGGUUCCAGCACGUUGGCCAAGUCCUGGUCUUUGAAAGCAAAAGUGGACGCCUAACAGGGAAUAUUCAGGGUCAACAGGUGGGCUCAUACUUUGGUGCUGAACUUGCCUCCGUGGACUUAAAUGAAGAUGGAAAUACCGACCUACUUGUAAUUGGGGCUCCUCAUUACUACAAUGGACACCAAGGUGGGGUUGUCUACGUCUCUUCCAUCAACAACACGGGUGAGCUUGUUCUCCUUCAAAUAUUGCAUGGAAUCCCAGGUAAUGGACUAGGCCGUUUUGGGGCAGCUCUGUCCACAUUAGGGGAUAUCAGUGGCGAUGGCCUUACAGAUGUGGCCGUAGGAGCCCCAAUGGAGGAUGAAAAUCGGGGGGCUAUUUACAUCUUCCUGGGUGAAACAGACCGACUGAAGGAAGUGCACAGCCAGCGGAUUUCAGCUACCUCUGUUUCUCCCGGGCUCCAGUUUUUUGGACAAUCCAUCCAGGGAAGGUUGGAUCUGAGCAGGGAUGAGCUGACCGACUUAGCCAUUGGAGCUCUUGGAAGUGCAGUGGUGCUUCGAUCCCGGCCUGUUUUCACUGUCCUCACUUCAUUGAGAUUCUCCCCUGAUUUGAUCCCUCUGGAUGAUCCAGAGUGUGGAAGCAGAAAGAUUUCAAAAAUGGAUUCUCGUGGGCAAGUCAGUCUUUGCUUCACCUUAACUCUUCUCAGCACGAAAUGGAGCUCUGGUUCUUUGCGAGCCAAAAUCAACUUCAGCCUCCAAGUUGAUGUUAAACAGACCUUGCCACGCCUGAUGCUAGAGAACGAGACACCCAGUUUUUCAGAUGCUCUCCGCCUUGGAGCUAUGCCCAUCUGCAUCAACAAGACUCUGUGGGCUCAGGUAGACACAAUUAUAUCCUUAUCCGAACUGCCCAGAAAGAAUUUUAAGAAUUACUCUGCCUCUUUCAUGAUACCAAUGGAGGCUUCUCCUUUCCCCUCUAGGUUUCAAUCCACUCCAUAUCUCAACUUCUCUACUCAGGAUCCAGGGAAGAAAAUACUUACACAUAGCUAUGAGGUGAGGAAUUUGGACUCAAAUGCCGCUGCAGUCAAUGUAACCUUUGAGCUUCCUUUGAAGACAAAACAGGGAUUCUUUUGGAAUAUAACACCAUCCUACAGUGAUGUGAAAAAUCACUUCUCCUGCACACCAUUGUUUACCCUCAGAACAGGAAUCAGCAAGAAGAAUGUCACAAAACGCAUCACGAGAGGCUGUCUGGGCGCUGUGGCUUGCCCCAAAGUUUACUGCUUUAUCAACAGUCUCGUUAAAGGAGAAUCGAUUAGAUUCAAUUUUUCUGGAGAUUUUUACAGAGAAGAUAAAUCUUCCAAACUGAAGUCCGAAAUAUUCCAUGUUGGCAGCGAGGCAUCCAUAAGGGUGGAUGAGACCAGAUUUUUCCUGAACGAACGAGAGGAUUUCAGCCAGAUCACCACAGAAAUUGAGUUAAUUUCGCCAUUCAAUCCUGUCCCCAUCAUCAUUGGCAGCACUGUUGGAGGCAUCGUGCUUUUAGCCAUCAUAGUGGCUGUCUUGUAUAAGUUGGGAUUCUUUAAACGCAAGCGUACACCCCAAAUGGAUGCAAACGCAGCAGGAGCAGCUGCUCCCAGUGACCAAGCUCCUUCAACUCCGGCUGCUUCCUAAGGGAGAAGGGGAUUCUGGGUCUGGAUGCAACUUGGAAGCCAGGAUUCCCACCUUGUCUGGGAACGGAAGAAUACAGCCAGUCAAAAAGGGCCGAAAAAUGGAGAGGCAGGACCUCCAGAUCUCUAAGGGAAGGAAUGGGAGGGGUGGGGAGGGGAGGGAUUGAGAGACGAGAGGGCUAGAAACUAAGUAG